GUGUGCUAACUGUCGUAAAAGCACAUCGACGGAGAAAGAAGGUAGCAGGACGCUAAUAAGUCAGUCUUAUUAUUUGUUCUCUGGUUUGAAAUAUUUACGUCGUAUAAAAUACAUCUUUGAUUCUUUAUUUAAGGAUAAAAUCGUCUCGAUGUGCUAGAAGCACUGUGCCGCUUCUCCUGCUAUCUUUGCUUGCUAGUUAGCUUAGCUCGCUAGUUAGCUUAGCUUGUUAGCUGCUAACAAAGAGACGCGGACGUUAUCAACACAUCGCUAAGUAGAGAUCAAAUGUGAGUGUAAAGUGUUGUGAUUGUGUGAAAAUGUGCGAAAGAACGAUAGCAAAGUACGAGGAGGAACUUUGCCCAACAAAAGAGGAGAAGGAGCGACAACAUCAACUACGGGACGCUCAAGUUGUGUUACACAGAACAGACGUCUGUGAAGAACAUCUCUCUGAGCAACAGGAGUGGAGCUUCAGGAUGGGGAAGGAGGAGCCACAGCCCUCUUAUUAUAAAGAGGAAGACAAGGACCCACUCAACCCCCACUUUAAAGACAAAGAGGAGGUGCCAGAAACCUCACACUUUAAAAAGAAAGUGAAUGAUGCACUGACCCCCAACAUUAAACAGGACAAGAAUGAACCACUGACCACCCACAUUAAAGAUGAAGAGGAGGAACACAGCAUCAGUCAGGAGGGAGAGCAUAUUGAAGGACUGGUGGAGUUCCCAGUGACUGGUGUCCCUGUGAAGAGUGAAGAUGAUGAGGUCAAAGGUGAAAGUGAGGAGAAGAAAGGGGUGGAGCCUCCAACACAACACAUGACAACAGAAGCUGAUGGAGACCACUGUGGAGGAUCACAAGCAGACAAGCUCUUAGCUCCACUAUCAGAUAGUGAGGACACAACGUCACACUCUCCUGACACUGAUGAUGAAGACUCUAAAGAUGAUAAGACAAACACUCACUUCAAAUGUUCUCACUGCGACAAAACCUUUAAAUACCUUAGUUCUCUGAAAAGACACACGAGUACUCACACUGGAGAAAAACCUUUUUCUUGUUCAAUCUGUGGUAAAGGUUUUGUAGAAAGUUUUAGAUUAAAAGUACACGUGAGAACUCACACUGGUGAAAAACCUUUUAUCUGUUCAAUCUGCAGUAAAGGUUUUGUAGACAGUUGCACAUUGAAAGUACACAUGGGAACACACACUGGUGAAAAACCUUUUUCUUGUUCAAUCUGUGAAAAAGGUUUUGUACAAAGUCAUAAUUUGAAGGUGCACAUGAGAAUACACACUGGUGAAAAACCUUUUAUCUGUUCAAUCUGUGGUAAAGGAUUCGUACAAAGUCCCAAAUUGAAAGUACACAUGAGAACACACACUGGUGAAAAACCUUUUUCUUGUUCAAUCUGUGGCAAAGGUUUUACACAAAGGUCAUGUUUGAAAAUACACAAAACAACACACACAGGAGAAAAAAUAUUUAUUUGUUCAAUCUGUGGUAAAGGUUUUGUUCUAAGUAACUAUUUGAAAGUGCACAUGAGAACACACACUGGUGAAAAACCUUUCUCCUGUUCAAUCUGUGGCAAAGGUUUUGUAGAACGUUUUAAAUUAAAAGUACACAUGAGAUCACACACUGGUGAAAAACCUUUUAUCUGUUCAAUCUGCAGUAAAGGGUUUGUAGAAAGUUGCACAUUGAAAGUACACAUGAGAACACACACUGUUGAAAAACCUUUUAUCUGUUCAAUCUGCAGUAAAGGUUUUGUAGAAAGUUGCCAAUUGAAAGUACACAUGAGAACACACACUGGUGAAAAACCUUUUUCUUGUUCAAUCUGUGGUAAAGGUUUUGUGCUAAGUAAAUAUUUGAAAGUGCACAUGAGAACACACACUGGUGAGAAACCUUUCUCCUGUUCAGUCUGUGGUAAAUGUUUUGUAUAUAGUCACAAUUUGAAAGUACACAUGAGAACACACACUGUGAAAAGCCUUUUACCAGCAACUUGAGGGUUGCAGGUUCGAUCCCCGCUUCCGCCAUCCUCGUCACUGCUGUUGUGUCCUUGGGCUAAGACACUUUACCCACCUGCUCCCAGUGCCACCCACACUGCUUUAAAAUGUAACUUAGAUCAUGGGUUUCACUAUGUAAAGCGCUUUGAGUCACUAGAGAAAAGCGCUAUAUAAAUAUAAUUCACUUCACUUUUAUCUGUUCAAUCUGUAGUAAAGGUUUUGUAGAAAUUUGCAGAUUGAAAGCACACAUGAGAACACACACUGGUGAAAAACCUUUUUCUUGUUCAAUCUUUGGUAAAGGUUUUUUUCUAUGUAAAUAUUUGAAAGUGCACGAGAACACACACUGGUGAGACUUUCGGUCUCCCCUAGAGGGGGCGGGGGGGUUACCCACAUAUGCGGUCCUCUCCAAGGUUUCUCAUAGUCAUUCACAUCGACGUCCCACUGGGGUGAGUUUUUCCUUGCCCUUAUGUGGGCUUUGUACCGAGGAUGUCGUUGUGGCUUGUGCAGCCCUUUGAGACACUUGUGAUUUAGGGCUAUAUAAAUAAACAUUGAUUGAUUGAUUGAUUGAUUGAUUGAUUGAGAAACCUUUCACAUGUUCAAUCUGCAACAGAAGCUUUUGUGACCGAUCAAACCUUGGAAUCGAGGAAUUGGUACAAGACAUAUUUUACAUACAAUAAAUAUUUUAUGUGUAUAUAUAUUCAUAAUAGUGUUUUCUAUAGGUGUUUGAGAUAUUGAAGUAUUAUAUAAUGUUAUUUGUAAUAGUUAAUGAUCCCAUAGAUUAGCGCCUUUAUAUGAUAUACAUAUGUACUGGUUCACAUCUGAAACAUCUUCUGGACCACUUCAGGAAGCAUAUUAUUAUUUACUUUAUACAUCAUUUGAACAGUUGUCUUUUAUACAGUUUUAAAAAUGUGUGACUUUAUGAAUCUUUUGUUGAGUCUCUAUAAUCCAUUUUAUUAAUUAUCUUUAUUACU